CCUCCUUCCGUGGGCUCUGUUGGAGCGCGGUGGGCGGGCCGGCGGGGCCAGUGCGCCGGCGCGCAGCACCGCCAAUCGAUAGCACACCUGCCAGUUGGAGCGGCACGCGGCAGACGGGUCGGCUCCAGCCCGGGGGCACAUUCUGCCCGCGGUCACCGAGCGGCCACCGCGCUCGGCAUGGCGCCGCCGCCGCCCGGCCGCACAGCCAUGGUGAUGCUGGUGACAGUGGUGGUGACGGUGAUGGUGACGGUGUUGGUGCCCGGCGCGCACGGAAAGGUGCUCUUCGAGGCCGCGUUUCAAGGCACCUGUUCACACGGCAGCGCGUGUGACCACACGUGCUUCAACCUCCACGACGGCACCUACGAGUGCGACUGCAGGCCCGGCUACGUGCUGAACGACAACGGGUACACCUGCGACCCGGUGGUGACUGCCGCUCCCAGUCCCGUGGAACACACCACGGCGUCCCCUGCCAGUCGCGCCGCGCCGCAGUCACUCAGAGAGAGGCUGAACACUACAGACGAUGUGCCUACCGGCUGUGACCUGGCCUGUGUGGCGGGCCAGUGUGUCACAGAGGAGGGGGCGGCGGCCGGUGGACCGACCCAGCGCUGUGCCUGUCCACUGGGGGUCGGCGGCGACCUUUGCCAAACAGCGGUGGAGGUGCACAGCCCCCGGUUCACGGGCUCGAGCGUGGUCCAGUUCGCGCCGCCCGUGGAGGCGCACACGGACAUGCGACUGACGCUCGAGCUGCGCCCCGAGGACUGGGACGGCGUGGUUCUGCUCAGCGGCGAGACUGACAGCCUGACGGGUGACUUCAUGGCCGUCGUACUCACCGGCGGCUUUGUCGAGUUCAGGUUCGACUGUGGAUCCGGUCUGGGAGUGGUACGCUCCCGGGAGCCCGUCUCUCUGGACCGCUGGAACCGUCUGACCAUCAUUCGGACACGCUCCUUUGUCUGGAUGCAGCUCAACAACGGCCAGCACACCGAGGGCAUGUCGCAGGGUAUCUUCUGGCACAUCACGUUCGAGCUGCCUCUAUUCGUCGGCGGUGUGCGCGGAGUGAGCGCCGACCGGGAGAGGCUGGGGGUCACCAGCGGCUAUCGAGGCUGUAUCCGCCUGCUGGAGAUCAACGACCGGACUCUGGACUUCCGACCGUCGCCCGACGGGGACGCCGUCAGCGGCCAGGACAUCAGCGAGUGCAGCGGUGACCUGUGCAGCCGGACACCGUGCGGUCACGGCGGCCGGUGCAUCUCUGCCCCGGACGGCUCGGCCACCUGCCUCUGUCCACUGGGCUUCCUCGGAGAGCUAUGCGAGAAACCAGUCGACCUGCAGGUUCCGUUCUUCAACGGCUCGUCGCACCUCAAGUACCCCGGCCUGGGCACCUCGGCACUCUCCUACCUCUCUCUGGAGGUGACCAUCAAGCCGACGGCUCCGGACGGCAUCCUGCUCUACAAUGGACUGCACGCCAACGGCCAGGGCGAGUUCAUGGCCGUCAGUAUGCGCGACGGUCACGUCGAGUUUGCGUUCGACCUCGGCACCGGAGUGACCUUCGUGCGCACCACUCUGCCGGUGGCCCUGCACCAGUGGCACCAGGUGCGCGUCACCAGGACGGGACGCGAGGCCGUGCUGCGCGUGGACUCUCAGCCGACCGUCAUCGGGAGGAGCAGCGGCGCCUUCACGCAGCUCAGCCUGCCGCAGAACCUGUUUCUCGGCGGCGUGGCCAACUACGACGCCGUCUCCAGCGCUCUGUUCCUCAAGGACGGGUUCCAGGGCUGCAUUCAAAAGAUGGUCGUCAACGAGAAGCCGAUCCACAUGCUGGCGGCGGCUCUGUCCGGUUACAAUGUGGCCAACUGCGCGCACCCGUGCGUGGCCCGUCCGUGCCACGAGCGAGGUGUCUGUCUGCCCGAGGGUGACUCGUACCGGUGUCAGUGCCGGCUGGGCAGCGGCGGCCGGCAGUGCGUCAGCCUGCUGCCCGCGCCGCAGGUGCCCCGGUUCGGCGUACACAGCUACCUGCUCUUCGACCGCGCCGACGUGGCUGAGAGACUGCGCGGAGGCACCAACGGCAUAGAGCUGGAGUUCCGGACCCGGUACCCGGAGGGUCUCCUGGUGUGGACGGGCAGCUCUGACCUGUGGACGGGCGACUUUCUGGCCGUCGGAAUAGAGCACGGCCACGUCCAUCUGAGGUUCAGCCUGGGCAGCGGGACGGUCACCGUGGUCCACAACGCCACCAGGGUGGACGACGGACAGUGGCACCGGGUGCAGGCCUCACGGGUGGGGAGGGACGGAGUCAUCUCCGUGGACGGCAGCUACCCCGUGAGCGGCGUAUCUCCCGGCCUGCUCAGUCAGCUGGACACAGAUGGACGACUCUUCAUCGGCGGCGCCAGCGAGCUCGAGUACACCACCCACGGCCAGUACCGGACGGGCCUGGACGGUUGCGUGGCUGAGGUCAUCAUCGCGCCCGACCACGGUAUACCGCUCACGGACGCCGACGACGGCCGCGACGUGGGCUUCUGCUUGUGAGCCGGGCCCCGGCCGAGUGUGAGCGUCCGUGUUGUCGCGAGCACCUGUGUCUGAAAUACUCGUGUGCGGAGUGCGGGCUGCCGCGGCGCUGGACAGAGCCCGGCUGUUGUGUCGCAAUUUACGCCGUGUGUGGGUGUGAGCGAUGAUGUGAGUUGCAGUGAUGUGGGUGCUCUGGAGAGCGGACAUUGUGGACUGCCGACGGUGUUUCACGCGAUGCCCGGUCACUCGUGCUGGCGGUAGCACCCUGCGGUGACGUGUUGCACCAUUGGCGCAGCGCUCCUUGCACUCCCAGUGGGACAAACUGAGGUUUCACAGCAGCAAUAGGCGCCGAGUGAGCUAGCAGAGCGGAGGAUGCGGUGGUUUCCAGCGGCACAUCAGGCACGCGAGGUGCACCGCGCCGGCUGCAGGCGUGUCGCGCCGCCCCAUAGACGUUCGGCACCGCCCGGACCACCGUUGUUUGACAUGCACACUUGAUGUUAGAGCGUUCUGGGCCGGUGAUCUCGCGCGCCCCUGUGUGAGCGACUGCCCUGAGGCGGUCCAGGGCCCCACGUGCCUCUGCGCGCCCUCCUCCCCGUGCCGGCGAUGGCUGCCAUUCAUCUCAUCUGGCUGGGCCGACGACUCUCGUCCAGCGGCACUAGUCCACAUAUCACUGCGGAGAGGAGAGCAGGCGGCCUCGAAACGCCGCCGACCGUUUGUCUGUCUGUCUGUGCGCCUGUGGGGCGCGGCGUCUGGUGUGGCACGUAUUUUUUAUAUGGCCUUUGGCCGGUAGUCAGUGGCGUGUGCCCUAGGAUCGCCGGCGCAAUCCCCGAGAAACUGUUGUCGCGCCCACUACACUGGAUCUGCCUGGCGAAUAAAUGAGGAAACCGAA